AGCCAAACACAGCGCGGGAGAAGAGCGGUUGCCUCAGCUGCACAGCACUUCACUUCAACUUCGCAGAGAAACCCUAGUAUUAUCUGAAGAUGCCGGCUGGGCAUGGUUUAAGAUCUCGAACCAGGGACUCGUUCUCUAGGCCAUUCAGGAAGAAGGGUACUAUAGCACUGACAACCUACCUAAGAACUUACAAAAUCGGCGACUACGUAGAUAUCAAGGUUAAUGGUGCGGUCCACAAAGGUAUGCCUCACAAGUUUUACCAUGGACGCACCGGCCGUGUCUGGAACGUAACUAAGCGUGCAAUCGGUGUCGAGGUGAACAAGCAGGUCGGGAACAGGAUUAUCAGAAAGAGAAUUCAUGUGCGUGUAGAGCAUGUGAUGCCCUCAAGGUGCACUGAAGAGUUCCGCCUGAGGAAAAUUCAGAACGAUAAGAAGAAGGCCGAAGCAAAGGCCAGGGGAGAGGUCAUCAGCACCAAGAGGCAGCCCGUGGGUCCUAAGCCUGGUUUCAUGGUUGAAGGCGCUACAUUGGAGACCGUAACCCCCAUUCCAUAUGACGUCGUCAACGAUCUUAAAGGCGGUUACUAGGUUGAACGCGUGUUGUUGUAUUGUUUGAUGGACUGCGUGGCUUUAUUUGGAUUUGAAUCCGAGUUUUUUUGCCGUUAGACUCUCAUUUUUGUCCUAUUUGAUUCUAAAUACAGAAAAUGCGUUCUUAUAUA